AUUACCUUCAAAGUUGAGGAAAAACGCUUCGUUACUGCCCGAAUGUCAAUGACUCAUGGAACUGAUGGAAUUACAAAGGCAUGUGGAAAUGUUCGUCUCAAUAAUUUUGCUCACCGUGCUGAAUGUGCUGAUAUUGAUGUUGAAAUCGGUUCAAACCAUUUGGUUUCCAAGUAAUUUUUACUCCUGUUAAACUCAUUGUACAUUGUGUAGCUUCUUGUCCCGAGCUUUUCUACUAGCGUUCUAUCGUUAUUAAUAAUAGGAACCAACUCCAUGAUAGUCAGUGGUCCCGUGUUAUACGACACAGUGAUUUCAUGAAUCACCAGGAAUGUCAUCAGUCUUUGAUUUUUAUGCUCUCUGGACCAGUAGUCGUGUAAGAGUUUAUUGCACCAAAUUGGUUACUAUUUGUCAAGAAAAGGGUAGUACGUAUCAGUUUAUGCUGUCUAUGGUACUGAGAACUCUAAAGCUUUGUGUUGAACCCUCGUUAUUUCUGUAGUUAUUUCACAUUCAGUGGAAGUAUCACCACUGAAUAUCGAUACUAUGUGCUUAAACGUAGUAAAAUCUUUGUUCCGACCGGCCAAAAAUAUUUCGAAUAUAUCGUUUAGGAUUUGAAUCAUAUCAGUAAUUUAGUAGUCCGGAUAGAUUUUAAGAACUAUUACUGUUCGAGAAACUUUGAACUUGAUGUAGUCCCACGAAAUGGUUAGUUUGUUUUGGCAUACACUUCUUGAGUCAAAUGUUACAUAUUCAUAUGACAUUAUUUUUGUCAAACAUGCCUAAGUGGCAAACUUCCUCGAGUUUUCUAUAUGAUGUAUAUACUUUUUUAUUAUUACUUCAAACCUUCUUUUUGUUCUCAACCGUAUUCUAUUCUUUUGCCAU